AUGAGCACCCACGCUUACGCUCAGGGACGCAGCGGCGAUGGCGGCCAGGCCAAGUUCCCGUCUGCCCUCUCCCUCCUCACCGCGCGAUAACGACCAUGAGCGGCGAAGAGGAGCGCCUGCUCGCCACCAAGACGCAAUACGGGGCCCUCUCAUCGGAUGCCUCUCCCCACGGUGCUGCAGUCGACAGAAGCGAGGGAAACACAUCGGGUGAAUCGUUCGAUGCUGUGCCGCAGGAGCGGCGACAGCUAGGACUGACGACCGCGACAUUUCUCGUCUUCAAUCGCGUCAUUGGGACAGGAAUCUUCGCGACGCCCAGCGUUAUCUUGCUGUCCGCGGGAAGCGUCGGCGUCGCGAUGCUGAUGUGGGUGCUCGGGGCGCUCAUCGCGGCGGCGGGGACCACGGUCUAUGUAGAACUGGGCACGGGUCUACCGAGGAGCGGCGGCGAGAAAAACUACUUGGAGUACAUCUAUCGCCGACCGCAGUUCAUGGUUAGCUGCACUUACGGCGUCUACACGCUUAUUACUGGAUCCAGUGCGACGAACGGGAUCGUCUUCGGCGAAUACUUCAUCCACUCCCUCGGGCUCGAAGCGACACCGUUUAGGACUCGUCUGACGGCGAUCGUCUGUCUUACAUUCAGUUUAUCGAUGAUCGGCGUGUUCCACAAGACUGGCGUGCGACUGCUCAACAUCCUCGGGCUUUUCAAGUUCGGUAUCCUCGCGGGCAUCGCUGCCUUGGGAAUGCUCUCCCUCGUUGGCGUCCCUGGCUUCGCAGUGCGUAACGGUUAUGAGAAACCAGACAACUUCGCAAGCUGGGAGCGCGUGUGGUCGGGCAGCCGAGCGGAUGCCAAUGCUCUCGUUACGGGAUUGUAUAACGUGAUCUGGUCUUUCAUAGGGUACUCGAAUGCCAACUACGCUCUCUCUGAGAUCAAGGAUCCGGUCAAGACGAUUAAGCGGGCAGCCCCACUGGCGAUCAUCUCUGUCACGAUUGUCUACAUGCUGGUCAAUAUCGCGUACUUUGGAGUCGUCUCGAAGAACGACAUCCUCAGUAGUCGGCAGAUUGUUGCGGCACUUUUCUUCCGCAAUCUAUUCGGCCCCGCUACAGAACAGGCGCUGAGCUUCUGCAUCGCGCUUUCAUCGCUGGGCAACAUCCUGUCGGUUUCAUUCACCCAGGGCAGAGUGAUCCAAGAGCUCGGACGCGAGGGCGUGUUUCCUUUCGCCACAUUCUUCUCGAGCAACAAACCCUUCGGGGCGCCGUUGGCCGGGUUGAGCUUGCUGUACUUGCUUUCAGUUGCCCUGGUGAUCGCGCCACCGCCCGGGGACGCAUAUCUAUUCCUGCUGAGCAUGUCCUCCUACUCGCUCACCAUCAUCAACACCCUGGUCUCGUUUGGUCUGCUGCUGCUGCACACCAAAGGCUAUGCCAGCUUGAGCUGGAACCCCCCGUUCCAGGCCCCACGCUGGGUCGUCGUCGCGUUCUUCCUCUCGAACGUGUUCCUAGCCGUCACGCCGCUGAUUCCGCCGACCAAGGGCGGCCGCACGUUUGAGCGGGUACCGUACUACAUGUACGUCCUAGUCACCAUCGGUGUGUCCCAGCUCGGUGUGCUGUAUUGGGCGUUCUGGGCCAAAUGGCUGCCCCAGAGAGGUGGCUACGAGCUCAAGCGGGAGUGGCAGGUGCAGGACGAUGGGGUGUCGCGAUUCGUGUUUGUCAAAGUGCCUAAGAACUGAAAGCACCUGAUGUAAAUUAGAGACACGGAUUGGCCGCUAAUAAACAGGCCGACCCUUGUGAUAUAUACAGUUCAAUGUCCAAGUCUCUACUAUGAUCUGCGGACUACAAGCGUUCCUCAGUUUCUUCACAUUCGCGAUGAAUCACCUCAGAGUCGCCUGGCGGUACAGCUCAAUCAUUCAUGCUCUUCUCCGACGACCAUGAUGCGAUCCAAGCAGAGUCGCAAGUGCUGCUUCAUUCUAUACGGUGGGCAGCCCACAGUGAAAGCAUUCGCACAGCGGCUCGAUCAUGUGUGCUGUCUGCUACUGGCAUGUGUUGGGAGGGAGGUCUACAUGCACAAAACGUGCGUACUACACACAAAAAGGCCCCAAGAUACCUGUGCGCGUCCAGGCAGCACACCGACCGAAACCCCGUAUACAGUACAUUACAUGAAUAGAUCGAGC